GUCUCGACGCCAUGGCAACUACGAUCGAAAUUCAUGUUGAUGUUUCAAAAUAUUUCAUACAAGUUAUUGACAAUGGAAUCGGAAUUCCGCCCAGUGACAUGGAUAAACUUGGACAACGACACGCCACUUCAAAAUGCCAUACGUUGGAAGACUUAGCGCAUAUAAAGACAUAUGGGUUUCGUGGAGAAGCACUAGCAAGCUUGGCUGAAAUCUCAAUAAUGGAAAUAAUUAGCAAACAUUUCGAUUAUUACGAUACUUACUGUGUCAUAAUCAAGGGUGGGCUUCGUCUUCAAUUAGGUCCAACUCGAAAUAGCAAACGAGCAAAACCAGGAACUAUCACAAUAAUCCGUGAUUUAUUCUAUACGUAUCCAGUUCGUAGGAAACAACAAUCUGUUAAUACGCUCGCGAACGAACUGGAGAAUGUUAAAAAAGCUGUUGAAAUACUAGCAUUAAUAAACCCUCAAGUGGCGUUUACUCUGGUUGACGCAUCAAUGGAUAGUAAAAUAGUUAAUACGAGGAAGACUUCGUCACCUAUUCCUGCUAUUUCUACAUUCCGACAACUUUACGGCAACCUUGAAUCGGUUUAUGCAGAAGAAGACGACAUUAGGAUUGAUGGAUUUUUUUCGUUAAGAGGUUUACAUAUAAAGCCAAAUGAAGAUUUGAUUUCAAAAUCGAAAGCGAAAUUUCCAGGCAAAUCGAGGAAGAAUGUAUUAACAAAGUCGUUGGAAAAAUAUCCAAUUUUCUUUAUUCAUAUCACUUGCCCGACAGAGAAUUAUGAUAUAUCUUUGGAUCCAGCUAAGAAUAUAAUAGAAUUCGAGAACUGGCCAAAAAUCUUAAAUCUUUUAUCCGGUCUUGUGACACAAUUUUUAUUAUGUCAUGGGUUUUUAACGCAAGAUAUGGUGAUGUCAAACGCGAAAAAUCUUACCGUUUCAACAAAUGAUAGUAAAAAGUCAAGAAUUAGACCUAGGCUCGAUUUCCCAUUGUCAUUUGAGGACAUAGCACAUAUAAAAAGUGGAGGAAAGAAACAAUAUGUUUUUAGAGAUGAGGAACUAAAAGCUGGUCCAUCGAUACCUAAAAACAUGGAAGAAUCUGAAAAUAUUUUAGUUACCUCAAAAAAGACCGUGAAAAUAAAAGGAAAUGAAUAUACAAAAUGGACAGAGUCUCGUACCAAACAGGCAUUUUAUAUAGACACGCGCACUGGAAAUUCAUAUAUAAAUAUACCUGGGCAGACCCAAUCCAUGUCAGAAAAUCAUACGAAAGCAAGAAUAGAUCGAAGUCGAUUACGUACAUCGAACUAUAAAAACGUCAUCGGUGAAUCACACGCGACACCAUGGGCAAAAAAUGCAUUAGAGAAAUGGGAUAAUCCUGUUUUUCAAAGUUAUGAAGCGCCAAUUCCUUUGUUAAAACACAUAUCGACAUGCAAUAAACAAUCGUCUGUAAGGAGCAGCUUUUUUCCUUGUAAUGAUUUUGCACAAUCAAGUUUUGUUGAACAUCGUUUCAGUAAGAAAGAUUUCGCUCAGGCUCAAGUCAUUGGUCAAGUUGAUGAUAAGUUUAUCGCUUGCAAACUACCAUAUUCACGAGUGAUUGAGUCGGAUAUUAAAAACUCCACGCAACAACGGAUCUUAGUUUUGGUCGAUCAACAUGCAGCAGACGAGCGUGUACGUGUUGAAAUGCUAAUGAAAGAGUUUUGUGAUUUCAAGAACAAGGAACGGAUGCAAAAUGAGAAUGACAACGAAAUUCAUCCAAUAAAUUCCCUUGUCGAAACAAUUCAAAUAAAUCCUCCCAAUAAAAUAAUUUUAACGGAACGAGAGGUUCAAGUUUUGAAAAGAUUCGAAGCUAAUUUUAAUAGUUGGGGAAUUUUUUUUAGAGAUAAUAUAGAUACAAAACAGAAUAAUGCGUUGGUGUCUCCACACUUUAUCACAUCGUCAACUGAUGAUGACCAUAUUCCUAUUUAUAUUACCCAUUUUCCUAAAAUGAUUGCUGACCGUUGUAUAUUUGAUUCACGAGUAACGCAAGAACUUUUACGUCAACAUUUGUAUUGGUUGGAAGACACUGGAGGAGUUGGCAUUAAUAAUGUAGGCAAUCAAAAUGAUUGGAAGACAAUGAUAAGACAAUGUCCAAGGGGAAUAAUUGAUAUAUUGAAUUCGAAGGCUUGUCGAGGUGCAAUCAGAUUUAAUGACAAACUGACACUGAAUCAAUGUCAAGAAUUAAUCUCAGAACUCGCAUUCUGCGAUUUUCCAUUUCAGUGCGCACAUGGCAGACCUUCCAUGAUUCCCAUUAUAUAUUUAGAUGAAUUUGCAAAAACAACACAUUCCUCUUGCCGUUAUGAAUCACAACUUCAACACAGAUUAUAUAAGACAACCAAACAACAAGAAACCACUUUUGAUCAACCUAAAAAUUUUAGCUGGAAAAGGCGCAAAAUUAAUUUGGAACAGUUUCGAAAAUAA